ACGGAACGCUGCGCCAUGAGCGGCGCGGGGAACCGCGGUGCCGAGGCCGGCGCUCCCCAGGCCGAGUCCGCGGGCGCGGCGCUGAGCGUGGACGUGGCGGGGCUGCUGGCGCAGCUGGCGCGCAGCUUCGCGCUGCUGUUGCCGGUGUACGCGCUCGGCUACCUGGGCCUGAGCUUCAGCUGGGUGCUGCUGGCGCUCGGGCUGCUCGUGUGGUGCCGGCGCAGCCGCGGCCUCAAGGCCACCCGCCUGUGCCGCGCCCUGGCGCUGCUGGAGGACGAGGAGCGCGCCGUGCGCCUGGGGGUGCGCGCCUGCGACCUGCCGGCCUGGGUUCAUUUUCCAGACACUGAAAGAGCAGAAUGGCUAAAUAAGACUGUAAAACAUAUGUGGCCUUUCGUUUGCCAGUUUAUAGAGAAAUUGUUUCGAGAAACUGUGGAGCCGGCCGUGCGGGGGGCACACGCCCACCUCAGCACUUUCAGUUUCACUAAAGUUGACGUGGGUCAGCAGCCCCUCAGGAUCAAUGGUGUUAAGGUAUACACUGAAAAUGUGGACAAAAGGCAAAUAAUUUUAGACCUUCAGAUUAGUUUUGUAGGAAACUGUGAGAUUGACUUGGAGAUCAAGCGGUAUUUUUGUAGAGCUGGUGUGCAAAGUAUACAGAUUCAUGGUACAAUGCGGGUGAUCCUGGAACCGUUGAUUGGAGACAUGCCCCUAGUGGGAGCCUUGUCUAUCUUCUUCCUCAGGAAACCACUUAUAGAAAUUAACUGGACAGGACUGACUAAUCUUCUCGAUAUCCCUGGAUUAAAUGGUCUGUCGGAUACAAUCAUCCUGGACAUAAUAUCAAACUACCUGGUGCUUCCCAAUCGGAUCACCGUUCCUCUCGUCAGUGAAGUCCAGAUAGCUCAGUUGCGGUUUCCUAUACCAAAGGGUGUUCUAAGGAUACAUUUUAUUGAAGCUCAGGAUCUUCAGGGGAAAGAUACUUACCUUAAGGGACUCGUCAAGGGAAAAUCAGACCCCUAUGGAGUUAUUCGGGUCGGCAACCAGAUCUUCCAAAGCAAGGUCAUCAAAGAGAGCCUGAGUCCGAAGUGGAACGAGGUGUACGAGGCUCUAGUCUAUGAGCAUCCUGGACAGGAACUAGAGAUUGAGCUCUUCGAUGAAGACCCAGACAAGGAUGACUUCCUAGGAAGUCUUAUGAUUGAUCUCAUUGAAGUUGAAAAGGAGCGCCUUUUAGAUGAAUGGUUCACCCUGGACGAGGUCCCCAGAGGAAAACUGCACUUGAAACUGGAGUGGCUCACAUUAAUGCCAAAUGCUUCAAACCUCGACAAGGUGCUAACAGACAUCAGGGCUGACAAAGACCAAGCCAAUGAUGGUCUUUCCUCCUCGUUGCUGAUCUUGUAUUUGGAUUCAGCAAGGAACCUUCCGAGUAUCUACGAGGGAAACUUUGGGUGUGGAUACUUAAAAGAGAGGCGAGCGUCGGGACUAGUGUUUUGUGAAAAUACUACCUCAGUCUAUAGAGCACUAUUUAGUAACCCAUUAGAAUUUAACCCUGAUGUCUUGAAGAAGUCUGCAGUUCAGAAAGCUUUAAAGUCAGGGAAGAAAAUAAACAGCAAUCCAAACCCUCUUGUCCAGAUGUCAGUUGGACACAAGGCCCAGGAGAGCAAGAUUCGGUAUAAAACCAAUGAACCUGUGUGGGAGGAAAACUUCACCUUCUUCAUUCACAAUCCCAAGCGCCAGGACCUCGAAGUUGAGGUCAAAGAUGAACAGCAUCAGUGUUCUCUGGGGCAUCUGAAGAUCCCUCUCAGUCAGCUGCUCACCAGUGACGACAUGACCAUGAACCAGCGAUUCCAGCUCAGUAAUUCGGGGCCCAACAGCACUCUGAAGAUGAAGAUCGCCCUCAGGGUACUCCACCUUGAAAAGCAAGAAAGGUCUCCAGACCACCAACACUCAGCUCAAGUAAAGCGACCCUCUGUUUCUAAAGAAGGGAGGAAGAUAUCCGUGAGAUCUCAGAAGUCUGCAUCACCAGGCUCUGGUGACAGCAGCACAGCCCCGUGCACUCCAGUCAUGGGGAGCAGCAGUAAGCCUGGCAUAGAAGAGAGAGCCCAGCCUGUGGAGGCCAGCCCCCAGGGGCCGCGAGACCUGGGCAGGAGCUCCUCCAGCCUCCAGACCGGUGCCACCUGCUCCCCCAGCCAUGUCUCCGUUAAGGAGCCCACCCCAAGCAUAGCCUCAGACAUAUCACUGCCCAUCGCCACCCAGGAGCUUCGGCAAAGACUACGGCAGCUGGAGAACGGGACGACCCUGGGCCAGUCGCCUCUGGGGCAGAUCCAGCUGACCAUCCGGCACAGCUCCCAGCGGAACAAACUCGUGGUGGUCGUGCACUCCUGCAGAAAUCUCAUUGCCUUCUCUGAAGAUGGCUCUGACCCCUAUGUCCGCAUGUAUUUGUUACCAGACAAGAGGAGAUCAGGAAGGAGAAAAACACACGUGUCAAAGAAAACACUGAACCCCGUGUUUGACCAGAGCUUUGAUUUCAGUGUUUCGUUACCAGAAGUGCAGAGGAGGACAUUGGAUGUAGCAGUGAAGAACAGCGGUGGCUUCCUGUCCAAAGACAAAGGGCUUCUUGGCAAAGUGUUGGUCAGUCUGGCGUCCGAAGAACUAGCCCGAGGUUGGACCCAGUGGUACGACCUCACAGAAGACGGCACGAGACCACACGUGGUGACGUAGUCCAUCUGGCCGAGAAGCCCGC